UAAAGAAAACUCGAAUACAAGAAAAUGUUUGGAUAUUACAUCAUCAGGUGCUGCCUGCCAAAGGUUGUCAGUCUGCUUGGUGCUUUUCUUCUGCUGCUAUCUCAAGGCCAUGCUCUGGACUGCACUCUCGUUUGCCAACUCUGUACAAGGACUCAGAUUCAGUGCUUCAAUUUAGGUUUAAUAUCAGUUCCUCGGAAUUUCCCAAAGACCAUAACAUUGAUUACCCUUAGCAGGAAUAACAUUUCCCGUUUAAUUCCAACUGACUUUCGAGGCUUUAAUAGACUGUCAGCACUUUUUCUCGAUAACACCGGUCUCGUCUAUGUACACCCUCAAGCUUUUUUUGAUCUCAGCAACUUAUACUACCUGCAUUUGAAUCAUAAUCAGAUACAGCACUUUCACCCAGGGACCUUCAAAGGGCUCACAAAACUUCAUUAUUUAUACCUGCAGCACAAUCAAAUUAUUUCUAUUCCAGGAGGAUUAUUUUCUGAUCUGACUGCCAUUCGAUACCUCCACCUUGAACAAAAUCACCUUGGCAUACUCGGCAGUGAAGCAUUCGCAAACAUGCCAAAUCUUCACACACUGCAUCUUGCAAACAAUAGAAUUUCAUGGAUAUCCAAUUCCUCAUUCGGUCGGCUCACAAGACUCCAGUUUCUUUAUCUUCAGGGCAACCUCUUGACACGGAUCCCAUCGCAUACUUUUGGUGGUCUUAAGCACGUUAAAAGACUUGCAUUAUCCAAGAAUCCAAUUGACCAAGUCCAUCCUUUUGCAUUCAUUGGACUUGAAAAUCUUGAAUUUCUCUACCUUGACAAUGCAAAAAUAACAACUCUUGCACAAAAUGGAUUUGCUUCACUGACUAACCUAAAGCAUUUAGCAUUGAAUAACAAUCACAUAAUUCAUAUUAAUUCUGGAUCUUUUAAACUCUUGCGGCUCGGGUAUUUGCAGCUUUCCCACAACAAUAUAACCUCUAUUGAUUCUGAUGCAUUUGUGGAGAUGGCAGCUACUUUAAAAAUCCUACACUUGGCUAACAAUCAUCUCUCAAGCCUUCGUGCUGAGGUCCUGAGGCCAUUGGCUUCACUGGCGCAUCUGCUGGUCAGUGGCAAUCCUUGGGAAUGCAACUGUCAGUUGCUUGAUUUGCGUGGCUGGCUGUUGUCAUCCUCACUUAUUGUAAGCAUUCGUUGCCAGAGUCCAUUAGAACUGUGUGGCAAAGCCUUGCAAAAUAUCAAUGUAAAAGAGAUUGGCAGAUGCAAUACAACUUUAGCACCCUUGGCACUAGAUGCUAGAGAGAGAGCUUCAACUACUAACAUAGUGAUGACCUCUGUGAAAUUAGAUACACAGAAUGCUGCCUUCAAGGUGAAGGGAAGUCCUAUAACUUUCCAUGAAUUUGGAAAUGAAAACGAGAGGACUGAAAAGCUCACAAGUGGGCUACCAGUGCAGAUUCCAAUUGAAUACACAUCAGUUAAUUUAAGUAUCUUCACAGGGCCAAACAAUGCACCCAUCUCAAUCAAACCUUUAUACAUCUGUGAGCAGCGUUUAGCAAAAGGAAACCGAGCCUUUGACAUCCUUUUGGCCUUUUUUAUCUUGGCAUGUACAGCAAUUGUAUUCCUCAUCUACAAAGUGCAUCAGUUACAACAGAAACUUAGACUUGCUGAGGCUGAAGGAGACAAUGAUCUGGAGUAUUACAGCAUAUACCCAUAUGCACGGUAUCACGUGACAGACCCUGUGCGGGAGUUGCCCCCGGAACCUGGAGCACAUCCCCAUUUGGACCAGGCUCGGUUCCUCAAGAUGAAUGACUCAGAUAAUGGAUCACAAGUUAUUUUCUUUGAACAUUCAGUUUUAUGACUUUUUGAUUUCGUCCAAAGACGUACUUUUAAUGCACAUUUACUGUUUAAAUAUAGCUUUUGAUAUGUCACCCAUGUUUUACAGUAUAUGGCUUUUCCCCUUCAAACAAGUUUUUAUAAACACCUUUUGCUCAGAGACGAGCAAAAUAGCUACCAAUGUGGGCAUGUAUUUCGAACUGCAGGGAUAAAAGUCAUUGAACUCUGGAUAGAAUUUGAAAAAUUGUUUAAGUGAUGUGUUAUUUGCAAGAAUACACAAAGCUCAAAGAGAAAGAUGUGUGGAAAAAUUGCCAUGGGCUUUUUUUAGAUGUACAAUGUAUAAUUAACCUUCAUAACUACAAUGGUUUUCAGAUGGUUAUUUUUUGAGUGGUUUCAAAGUACAUCAUUAAAUUCCCCAGUUGAUGUUUUGUCGGUUCAUACCUAUAUCCAUUCCAACCAGUGCAUGAGUGCCCAUCCUAGAUCAUAUCCUAGCCCCAAAU